UUAUGAUUACCUCCUAACAUACUAUUUUGCUAUUGUUAUUUAUCAGCAUCAUGAGUUUGACAAUAUCUAAAAUACCUUCCAAAGAUAUCUUUAGUCAAUACCCAGGUAAUACCUAACCAGCUGAGAAAGUUUACUUGUCUAGCUCAUAUAUAAUCCGUGUGUAAAAGCCGUUUCUCUCUUAUUCAGCAUUCCUUUUCUGGAAUGCUUUUAAGAUGAAAUUAAGUCAUUUUUCUUGGUUUCUUAUUAAAUCUUUUCAAUGGUAAGUAAACAUUUGGUCCCUGUUUGAGUAAAGCAUUGCAGAGUACCUGCGAAAAUCCCAGUGCCAACUCUUGUCCAUCCCAUGACUGCUACACCCUGCUCUUCAACCAACUCUUAGUCUGCGUGAGAAGCUUUCAUUCCGUUCUGAAGGAACUUGCUUUUUGAAUUGAAUUUGCUGUGAGACUGUUUCAAAGACUAUACUGAUUCCAUUUCACCUGUGUACUUAGUGACACAUUUACCUCAAGCAGGUUAGUGACGCAAGAUGUCCUGUUAGAGAAAAGCUGAGUCUUUUAUGAAGAAAUGUCGCAUAUGGUUGAGGACCAGCUUCCUCAAAUAAGAAAUGCUGUCUUAGCAGGGAUCUAUGUACCUAUUACAUUUGAAAGAUUUAAUUUGCAAACAUUAUUACAGACCAGUUCUGAAAUUGUUUAAAGAAACAGUACAUUUUUGCUUAACCAAAAUAAGAUCAGAAAAAUCAGGUUCAGUAUCUAGCAGAGGAGUUCUACAGCAAAUGGAUUGUAUUUUAGUCAUAAGUGACUGAUAUUAGUUUGAAAGCUUGCUGAAAAUUAAAGUUGCGUAAAUGGGCUAGAACCAGGAAACUGGCAAAGCAAAGAGAAAAGAGUCAGACUGUGUAGUUGCAGUAUUUCUGGAGCAUGAUAGAUUUUUUUUCCUUCUUGAUUUAACAAGUUGAAAAUCUGCUGAAUAAUUCAUGAAGAGUGGAAGGGCUGAAUCUUCCUGGAAUGAUAUACAGUGUACGUACUGUGGCACAGGAGAAACUGCAAAGCUUUGUAUCAGUUGCUGCCGUUUCUGCUGCCGAUUGCAAGGUGCUGCUGCUUUUGGCAUUUUCACAGCUACCGGAUCCUCAGUCAUGCUCCCGUCUGCUAACAGCUAUCUGCACCCUAUGGACCCACCUUCGCUAGCUAGUCUCUGGGAUUUCUUGUUACCUCCCUACCUUGGACACUGCUGUUCUCCAGAUUGCUACUGCUAACUGCAUUUUUGGACUUGCAGCUUGUAUGACUGAAAUCUGCCUUAGAGUCCCUCAGCUGCACAUCCUCUCUCGUGUUUGGUGGGGGACUUCUGCAGCAGGAUCUUCGGACCCAGCUGAGGAUGGGAUUUACAGGCAGAAGCCAAAACUGAGCUGCAUUCAGCGAGAUGCCCAACGCCUCUUCCUGGAGUGCUAGCUCGCCGCUGCUGCUGCUCUGGGAGGACUCCUCCGGGACCCGCAUCUUCCUGUCGCUGCUCUAUGCGGUCCUAGCUAUCUCAGGGACCUUAUCCAAUGUGAUGGUCAUCUACCUAGUUUUCUCCUUCAAGAAGCUGCAGACAACCAGUAACGCCUUCAUCGUCAACGGCUGCGCGGCCGACCUCAGCGUGUGCGCCCUGUGGAUGCCCCAGGAGGCAGUGCUGGGGCUGCUGCCCCCCAACUCCUCUUCCCUUCGCUCGGCCGAGUACCGCCUGCUCCGAGGGGGGCUCCUCGGCCUCGGCCUCACCGUCUCGCUGGCCUCUCACCUGCUGGUGGCCUUCAACAGGUACGUGCUCAUCACCAAGCUGCCCAGCGUUUACCAGGCCCUCUACCAGCGGAGGCACACGGGCUGCAUGAUCGGGCUCUCCUGGGCCCUCGCCCUGCUCCUGCUCCCGCUGCUGCCCGGGCUCUGGACGCCGGGCUCGGCCCAGCAGCCGCCCCCGCGGCAGCCGGACGGCGGCUCCCGCUACACCGCGCUGCUCCUCGCCCUGGCCGUGCUGGGCCAGACGGCGCUGCUGCUCCACUGCUACCUCGGCAUCGUGCGGCGGGUGCGGGGCAGCGCCAAGCGGGUCAGCGUCCUCAACUUCCACCUCCUGCACCAGCUGCCCUUCCCCGCCGCCCCGCCGCCGCCCCGCCGCGCCCAGCGCCGCCUCAGCAGCGUCUCGGUGCUGCUGCUCUGCUGCGUCUUCCUGCUGGGCACCCAGCCCCUCGUCUGGGUCAGCCUGCUGGCCUUCUUCCUGCGCCCGGCGCCGGCGGCGCUGCAGGCCGCCAGCUGGCUGCUGCUCUGCUCGCUCUCGGCCCUCAACCCGCUGCUCUACACGUGGCGCAGCGAGGAGUUCCGACGGGCGGCGCGCUCCGUCCUGCCCCGCGCCGAGGGCUCCGCCGCCGCCCCGCGGCACCACGCCGCCGCCACCGGCCCCGCCGCCGCCGCUCCGCCCUGCCCGCGCCGCCUCGCGUCCGAGAGCCCGGGCGGCCCCGCUCCGGCCUUUCGCAGCGCCGCGCUGCGCCCCGUUGGCCCCGCUCGCCCCUCGAUGCCCCCGGGCAGAGCCGUGAGGCGAGGCCGGGCGGCGGUCUCCCGCCCUUCGCCGCCCCUCAGGCCGCCGUCCCGGCCCCACGCGGCGGGUUUGGAAAUCUGCCGUGACUGGUAA